UUUACGUCGCUGCUAAAUUUACUACAUAAUUCCAACCGUGUGUCACUUUAUCCCUGAGUCAUGACAUAUCCGACAACACCUAAAAGCAGCAGCAGCGAAACGACAAGAGACAAGACAGACAGAGAGAGAAGCAGAGAGAGGAACCUGUACUGUGGUAGCUACAACACAAGGAGACAGGAAUUCGGCCGAGAUAAUAAUAAUAAUAGCAAUCGUGCAGGAUUGCGGCGAAGUUGAUCAGCGGGCUGCUGUUGUCAGUCGCCGCACUGGAGCACACAGCGGGGUCUCCUCUGUAUCUCUGCUGGAUCUGGACUCUUGGACGCUUUAGGGAACCUGCACCCCCCCCCCCGACCCUCCCCUUUCUUUCUCCGACUGUUUGAGCUGCUCAGCGUUGUUUUAACUGGUGAGGAAAGUGAAGAAAGAAAAUUUUACGUGUGUUCUCCUCUCACAGCUGCUGACAGGAUUUUUGGUAUAUGGCAUGUGGAUGGUACACGUGCGGGUCACCACUUAAAGAACGCUCGCCGUUUGGCAGUACAAUGAAGACCAGAAGAGUAGCGAAUGGCCUCCUCUGAGGCAGAGACCUUCAGACAUGCCACUCCACCGACACAAUGACAUGAAACUGAGUGAAACUUUCACAUUAUUCUGACAAAGAGAUUGUUUAAAUCUCAGUUAUUAUAUGCCGACCUUUUCGACUCUGAGAAAGCAAAUGACAAGUAGCUGUUUGUGAUUUGAGUCACCGAGGAUGGCUAUAUUGCGUGGCAUCCAGUGACCGGACUUGAGCUGCUAUAUUGGUAGCCUGAUCGAAUGAUUGAAGGCAGAUAGUGUUUUCAACUUGCCAACAAAGACAUCUCUAGAUGUACAGCUGCAGAUAGCAGUAGUUAUAAAUAUUGUUUGAGCUUAUGAGAGGCCACCUAGACAGGGUAGUUUAAUUCAUACCAUGAAUCCCAGAGACAGUGUGGACGUAAUGGAGACUCAGGCAGGAGGUCAGAAGGAGAAAUUGAGCAUAGACAAAGCCAACCCUAAAAAUGAGAUGGAGGCCGAGGACGACAAAACUCCUGGGAGUUACGACUGCAACAUCUGUGGACGCAGCUUUCCUUUCCUUAGCUCUUUGUCGCAGCAUAUGAGACGCCACACGGGUGCACGCCCUUACAAAUGCCCCUACUGUGAUCACAGAGCCUCGCAGAAGGGCAACCUCAAAGUCCACAUUCGCAGUCACAAGCUGGGCACGCUGUCUAGCCACCACUCCAAUGAGGAUGAAGAGGGUGCUGCUGAGGAGGAGGAGAUGAGGGUUUCAGAGGGUCUCGAUGGAGGCACCAGCCCAACCAAGAGCAGCUCUGCCUGUAACCGGAUGAUAAAUGGGGAUGGUGGUGAGGAAACCCGUAGGAAAGUCCCUGUGAGGAGCAUGAAAAGGGAAAAGUCCGUCACUGAGCAGCGGCCUUACUGUUGCCGUUUGUGCGGCUACGAGGCCCAGCGGGAAGACCAGCUCCUCAGCCACAUUGAGAAGGUCCACAUAACAGCAGACACAGAAGAGGAGACCGCUGUCAAGGAGGAGGCUGCGACCGAAGCUGACGUCAUCCAGCCCCAGAGUGACGGGACCUUCCCUUGUGAGACUUGUGGUCAGGUCUUCUCCCAAUCCUGGUUCUUGAAGUCACAUAUGAAGAAACACGCGGGGAUCCUGGAUCACUGCUGUCGCAUCUGUGGGAGACGUUUCCGCGAAGCGUGGUUUCUCAAAUCUCACAUGAAAACACACAACACCAAAUCUAGGUCACGGUCAAAAGCAGAGUCAACUGAGCAUCCAGCCACCAUCAAUGAUGUAGCCCAGGAUCCUGAUAUUGUUACCGGCUCCGUUACUUCUGUCUACCAAAUGUGCUCCAAAUGUGGAAACCUGUUUCACAACAGAGAGAGCCUAAGAGCCCACGAUAAAGUUCACAGUCUCGGCUAUAGCAGGAAGUCCCCGAGCCAAGGGAGGCCCAAUGACGAUGAGGACUCCCCAGCUGCUAAGAAACGUUUCCUUGACUACUUAAACCUCCAGCCUUUUGAGGGAAAGAACCAGGAUGAAGAGGAGGAAAGUAAGGAAAAGAUGAUGGGUCAAAGAAUCCCAGAGCUAGAUCCAGUUUGCAGCUACCAGGCCUGGCAAUUAGCCACUAAAGGAAGGGUUGUGGAGCCAGUGGAGUCUAGUUACAAGGCCUCAUGCGGGGCAGGAAGUAUCGGAGAGGAAGCCCUAGCCGGUGCUGCUGUGGUUUUUGAGAAGGAGAGCAGCCGUUAUGUCCUGCAAGGUCAAGUGAAACGCAGUUCGGGCAGACGCAGCAGCUCCGGUUUGGGAAGCCACACCUCUUCAGGGGACCGGACACCAGACAGCCUCAGUGAUUCCGAGUACCGGCCUUCGUCUCGUCAGGACAGAAGGCGCCCAUCCCAGUCGCAAGCUUCUUCCUCCAAGUCCAACGAGUGCUUCGAGUGCGGCAAGGUGUUCCGCAGCCGUCACCAGAUGAUCGUCCACCAGCGGGUUCACAGGAAGGAUGGAGGCAGGGCCUCUGUUGGAGACAAGGAAAGAAGCACAAGAGAUGAGCGAUGGGGCUCCACCAGCGACCCAGAAUCAGGCUCUCCCAGCUGGCCCAGCACCCCGGGGUAUGGAGAUUCUCCACCAGCUUCUACCCUUGGAGACCAGGCCUCAGAGAUGGGUACUGCAAACUCUGGAGAGCUUUCGGAUGAGAAGCCUUACAUCUGCAGCAUGUGUGACUUUGUCGCCACAGAUUCACAGGCCUAUUUAACUCAUGUCCGUGUCCAACAUCCACCUGCCUCCAAAGAUAGAUCCAGCACCAUUCCCAGUCCCAGCUCGGACAGAGGAACUCCCAGCAGUAAUACCAAACUUAAGAAAGCGCUUCUUCAGGGAGUAAACAACUCUACAUCCCCUCCUGGCUACCGUUCAGCUCAGUCCACUGCACUUGAUCCCAGCGUAGCACCUUUGGAUCUAUGUGUCAGGGCUGAGGGCAUCAGGGGUAUAGCCUCUUUAGCCUUGGACAAGAAAAGCCUCCCUAGCCACAAGUGCUCCUUCUGCUCUCACUCCACCCGCUACCCCGAGGUGCUCUGGAUGCACCAGACUGUGGCUCACCGCAUUAAUGGCAAUAGUUCCAAUCUGGCUCCUAAAUGGGCUCUUAAAACCAACUCGAAAGGCUCCAAGGACAGUUCGUUAUCCUCCAGAAGACGCACAGGACCUCCACCUGUCCUGGAAGGGAAGGAGUGUCAGCCUCUCCCUUCACUGACGCGUACCCAGCGCACACGGCCUCCGGCGUGCUCUAGUGAGACUCUAAAAAAGAGCAAGCCAGCCAGUUAUUCAGCCACACCAUCAUCAUCUUCUGCCCCCUGCACCUCAUCCUCAAGGGGCCCCUCUUCUAGCUUGGGCACCCAAGCUGGGAGAGUCGCAGCACGGCCAGGCAGCAGCAACAUCAGACCCACGGAGGACCACACUCAUCAGUCACGCUUCAGACCCAAAGUGGAAGUGUACCCGCGGGGAAGCUCGCUGUCAUCCUCCAGCUCCUUGGAGAAGAACACUGGCACCCCUUCACGCCCCUCAGCCCCAACUGCUGGCUCCGCUACAUCUUCCAGAGCUGACCGCUACUUGUUGCCCCAAGAAGGACUGGGUUUCAUGCUGUCUAGCAAACACGGCCUAGCAGAGUACAGUCGAGCUAGGGGCACCCCUCAUCAGCAGCUUCCUAACCCUCACAGCCAGGUUCGGGCUAAUGCUACGAGGCCCAGCACCAUUACCCAUAGUUCAACUGCAGGACACAACUUUGGUGCCUCGCAGGCGCAGGGUGGCGCUCUUCAGAAUUCCUCCUCUCCCUCCUCAUCCUCUUCUUCAUUACCUUCAGAGGCUCGCGGGGAGGUAAAGCAGGAGCCGAUUACAGAGACACCAGAGACGCCAAGUGAUGUCCUCGGCUUCCUCAAAAACUACAGCCCUCAUGAAUUUGCUACCCUGUACCACCGCUGGGGUGCAGCCAAUGCCCUCAUGGAUCCUACUGGGAUGCUGAGGUCUCUCAUGCGGCAGGGACAGUAUUUCUGCAAUGAGUGUGGGAAGAGUUUCAGCCAGCCCAGCCACCUGCGAACUCAUAUGAGAUCCCAUACAGGGGAAAGGCCAUUCUGUUGCCAACUCUGCCCAUACCGAGCCUCUCAGAAAGGGAACCUAAAGACACAUGUCCAGAGUGUCCACCAUAUGCCUUUUGACAACAGCCAGUACCAAGACAGGAGGAGCUUGUUACUGGGCCAUGGGGAGCGAGGAGGACCGGCUGCCAAACACCCACCAAACCCACAACAGCAACAGUAAACGCCUUCAGCUGAUCUGAUCACAACCUGGACCAGCUUCUCACACAAUCCCAAAGCUCUGUCACCGUUCCUGAAAUUCACAGAUCUAGACACAAGAACCUACGACUAACAGUUCACUUUUUGAGCCUUUCCUCUUCACCGUCACCCUUUAAUGAUGUAGAAUUUUCAGCAUUGAAGGUUAUUGUAGUUUUUUGUUGUUUUUCACUGUAAAAAAGCGUGUUCAAGUUGUGCUAGAAAAUUUCAAAAUCACGAAGACGGCCCAGAGCAGAAAAAGUCUUUUUAAUAGAAAUGACGUCUGAUGGAAAUCUGCUUUAAGAAGCUGCGUGGGUCAGGUGUGCACACCUCUCACCACAGAAGAAGUGAAGAGUGAAGUUUCUCUUUGGCAGGGAGGCUGGACUCACCAACUUUCAGUCUUUUGCUUCAUUGGGUCUUCUUUAUCACGAAGGUUGGUGUGUGACCUGUAAAUGAUUUCUGAUCACGGGAGCCCUGAAAAUUCGAUGAGUUGCCUCUUGCUGCCAUUUUUGGAGGUACCAACAAGUAAAGUUGCCGCCAGCUGCUUUACAGGAGAAGGAAAGUAAAUAAGGAGAGAAACUGAACUCAGAUGCAACUGCUGGCAUAGUGAUCGAGGACUGUGGCAUUGCAUGGCUGCUGUAGAUGCCCCCACAAACCUUUUCUUUUUUUUUGUUCUUUUAAGCUUUAUUGUACGUGAGAUUUUGUGCGUUUCUCAGGACACUGACCAUCAACACACAGCAGGAGAAGAAAGACGAGAAGCUCUAUGGUUCAUCGACAACCAGCUGGCACAUAGCAAGUUUGUCUCCUCUGGGCUCUGACUCAGAAGACUUGCAUCUUUCUGUCAGCGUGUGUGUGUGUGUGUGUGCGUGUGUGUGUGUGCGUGUUUAGGUGUGCUAAACUCACUCCCCUUCAGUCGACAGUGUAAUGGUGGGAGUGCGGUGACCAUUCUAGAGCUAGUGAUUAGAAAGAGAGAGAAAGAUGGAGAGAGGUAGGAUCAGAAAGGGACAAAAAAGAGAGAGAACAGUAAUGGAGGUGUAUGCUCAUAAAAAAGGCAAUAUAAAUGAGGAUACCAUUUUUAUGGCCCUUCAAUUAUUGUCCAUUUAAGAGGAAGGGACUGAGUGGAGUUUUCCCUCAGUAACUCGUUCGUAUUAGAGUGUCACCAUCUCAGACUAUUUGGGCUUUAAAUGAGGCGGACUCCACUAAAGCAGGAAGAAAGUGGCAGGAAGAAGUCGGCUCCAGAUUGCAAAGAAAAAUACGCUGCUGAUCAUGUUAGGGAGAAGAAAUGCAUCCUAAGAUUUUCCAUUGCUAAAGAGCAGUUCUGAACUUUUGACCGCGCUGUCUCUUAAAAAUGUCCAUUUCAUGAUGUCAUCUUAUGCCGGACUUAGAAAGCAUAAAUCUUUUGCCUUACAUAAACGGUAAUGGCUGAAAAUUUAUGCUGUCUGUUUUCUAUCUGGAAUCCACCAUGAUGCUUUUAUUUAAAAAAAUAAAUAAAUCUUGUGCCCAAGAACCCAGCAUGAGCAUGUCACCAGCAACAAACAGUCAUACAGAGAAAUGACACAAAAUUACCGGACGCCUGUCGAUUAAACGUUUUCAAUUGAAUGAUAGUCCUUAGCUUAAUGAGUCAACUUCAGUUUUUUUUAAUAUAUUUUUUGAGAGGAAAUGGUUUGAGUUGCAAGACUGUUAAAGGAGUAAGAUAGGUAACGAUGGGCUACAUUACACAAGAAUACAAAACUGUGAUAAGGAGCCUUGUAAAUACCUCAUGCACGAAGCACGCUGGUAUUAACACUGCAGCCAGGCCCCUAAUUCCAUCUUUUACUCUCUUGUUGAUCCAAAACAGAUAGGCAGGCUGAAUACCAUCUAAGGUCCCCAUUAUACCUGUCACCCGGCGCCUUACGAACGGCAGAGUUAGCACCAAAUUGACAUCGCAUCCACUGUCACUGUUUUAACGAUAUGUUGGCACAGAAGCUCAGAGAUUAUACAGAGAGAUUUUUCAAAUGUCUGAAAAGAUAAGACUUAAAAAUAAAGAAAACAAAAACAGCUAUUUCUUUGCAUCAUCUCCUAUUUGUGCUGUAGUUGAGCUACUGGCUGACACCUAUUCAGCGGGUACAUGCACUGUAACAGCAAGGUGUGUGAUGGCACAGCAUGCCAAGCGACCAACUCGACGUCUACGAUGGGGCCUUAAUAACCGCAGAAAGCAGCAGUGCAAGUGGUGCGUUCUUUUUUAUUUUCUUUGCAAAGUCACAGUUUCAAAAAUUUGUUCAGAUGUUCAAAAUCACGACUAGUCCUGCCGUUUCUUCCUGUCCCCGGCCAGUCUUAGUGGACAGACGUGACCGUGAUGUUGAUCUUCUCGUGUUAGGAUUUAAAGCUGUGCCUUUAAUGGUUUUAUUUAAAAGAUAAAGUGGGCACAUAAUGAAACGUAUCCACCAUCCUGUAUAACAGCGUGUUUAUUGGACCGACAAUGCAGAGCUGAUUAGGUUACCAGAACAUUUAAGCAGACUAAUGCAGACUAACAUCCCCCGGGCUGUCAGUCUGAUUCUUUGAAUGGUGAUGUGAAGCUUUGCAUUCGAGGGGGUCAGAGAAAGAGUAGCCAGAGGUGAGGAGGUCAGCCUAUCAGAGAGUUCAUGAGUAAAUACACAAGGUGGAGACACUGAAUUGUAGAGCUGUCACAGCCUUAACACAGGUGUGUGAGUGUGUGUGUGUGUGUGCAUUUCAAACCUCUUUAUACUGUAUUAGAGGUUGACUAAACUUCCCGUGUACUACAGCCUCCGUCUUGAUGCUUUCUAUAUUAUCCUACCUCCUCUGUAAUGAAAGCAUGCUAACAUUUAUUGGCUGAUUUCAAGCAGGGCUGUUUGUUUUACUUGUCCUUCACCCUUAAAAUAGCCCCCAGGAUUGAAUACGCCAUGCCCAGCAUGUUAGGGAAGAGGAGAAGCAAAGCGAAGCAGCUCAAGACUCUGAAGAAGAGUAAAGCAGUCGGUUUCUCUGAUUCAAAAUUCACACCAGUUGUAGAUGACGGAGCUUACAGAGUACUGUAUUUUCCAUCUAUUUUGAGACCUCAGUAGUUUUUACGCAAAUGUGUGAUGAAACGGUUGUUAUGCCAUUGGGUUGUUUAGUUAUGCAUACAAUAUCGUGUGCUUGAAUCGGACUAACAAUGCACAAAGGUGUAUGUUGAAGGUGUGGUUAGUGAAAAUACUUGAAAUGGAUUCUCUAGCCUUUGAGGUAGGGUAGUACUAAUACCAAUGUUGUACAGAAGUCCCUUUAAAAUGAAUUCCUCAGCUAUGAAUUUGUACUCCGAAGUGUGACUUAGAAAAACUAUGAAGCAGGAGUAAGUGUAAUAUAAAGUGUAUAUCUCUAAUCUCUUAAACUCUUACCAAACCCUUUAUAUACAGCGGUAGAAACCAAAUGGCAUUACUUAGUGCACUUAGACUAGGUUAGUGCUUUAACCAUUCUUAUUUUGUCCAGUUCUAGCUAAGGUUUCUUUGAGAAUGUCUUUUUAACGGUGCCGGCUAACACACUUCAGCGCAAUUUCUGGUUUAGACAUUUUGUUUCUUUUUUGGGCCUUUUAUUUUGUUACAAUGAUUCUAUAGAUAUGAAUGCAAAAUGAUUUGUUCUGUGACGGCUGUGUGGUACAGCUUUUUAGCUAUGUUUCCUCAAGGGAGGUUUGAUAAUGCUAGGCGCAGCAGUGCUUAUUUUUUCAUAAAGAUGUAAAAGUGUGUUUUUAGUCUAUUUGCUAAACUGUAGGAUUUGUUGAGUAGCUAGUCAUGGUUUGCCCUCCCAGAGGGGCUGGCAGGUGUUGUUUCUUUUUUCUCUUUGGUUGGGUUUUUAUCAUGCCUCUUAAGUUGUAUUAUUUGUGUCCGUAUUCAUAUUUUUUUUUAAUUUGUUAUGAACUCGAUGAUUAAUUUACCUUAGAAGACAUUAUUAUUCCAAAUGUAUUUGGUUGAUAUCUGUAUUUAUUAUCACUUCAAAACAGGAUAAGAGGACAGAAGCAGACAGGAGUGUUUGUUUUAAUUUGAUUUUUCCGGGUUGUUUUUAUACUGUGUAGUUUUCAAGCCAGCAAGCCGAUGUGAAAGCUCUACCUCGUCUGAGCCAUUCUCAGUUCUGUUAUACUUUUGUACAUCAUUUCAAAAAGAUGUAAUGUCAUGUCCACAAUAAAGACACACAAAAUGGCACCUG